CUAAUUUAAAAAAUAAGUUUAUUGCUGUCAUAAAGUACAAUACACUAGAAAAUUAAAUUGGAAUUGAUAAUUUUUAAAUUUGUUAGUUAGUUAGUUAGUUUUACACAUAUUACAAUAAUAUGUAUUGGCUGUUACUAAUAUAUCUUGUCUUAAAGGUGGCAAAGGGAGAUGUAGACAUGACACUGAAAAGUAGAAUCGUCAAUGGAAUUGAUGCUGACAUCAAAAAUUACCCUUACCAAGCCUCCCUAGAAUUUAAUGGGUAUCAUCGUUGUGGAGCAGUCAUCAUUGGCUCUAAGUGGGUGGUAACAGCAGCUCAUUGUACUAAAGACAUCAAUCCUCAAAGGCUAACAAUAAGGGUUGGCACGUCACAUUUGGAGGAUGGGGGUCAAGAUAUUAAAGUAUUAAAGGCCAAUGAACACCCCUUGUACGACAGCAAAACGCAGGAUUAUGACAUAUCAGUUUUGGAACUGGAAGGAAACAUUGAAGCCCAAAAUGCCUCACCAGUUACUCUACCAUUACCACACGCAGCAUUAAAGGUUGGUUCCUAUGGUGCUGUAACUGGUUGGGGUAAAAUAUCUGAAACGGGGUCUCGUUCGGACACGCUCAUGGUUGUGGAGGUACCAAUUAUAGAUAUUGCAGCUUGCCGCCAAGUUUUCGGCGAAGCUGGUAUCACAACUAGGAUGUUUUGCGCCUUAUCCAAAGAAAACAAGGAUGCGUGCCAAGGCGAUUCCGGCGGCCCUUUCGUCGUAGAUGGAACAUUAAUGGGCGUGGUGUCCUGGGGGCACGGCUGUGCCGUUGAAGGCUACCCCGGAGUUUACACCAGCAUACCCUACCUCAGAUCUUUUAUUACUGAAAUUAGUGGCAUUUAAAGAAAGUUGAUGAGUAA